CUCCCACCCAGGCCCUGUGCUCCUGCCCCUCCGCUCCUCAGGUCAGGGGUGCAGUGAGGAAGCUGCAAAGGACCCAGUCGGGCAGGGAAGUGCGGCCAAGACCUGGCAGGGCUGGGGCACCGCUGGGGAAUUCCAGUCUUCCGGGUGCCUGGCAGGCGGGGAGGCAGUGGACUGACCCUUGGCCACACCCGACAGGCUCCAGAAGCUGACGACAGAGACCCGGGGCGGCCCCAGUGAUGGCAGGCCCGCGGCACCCGGUGUCCGUGAGCGGGGCAGCUCUGGUGCAGACAGAGAGGCUCCAGACAUUUGCCUUUUCUGUGCACUGGUCGGAUGAGAGCGAAGCCUUUGUACGCAGAAGCUGGGACGAGUUCAGGAGACUCCAUAAGACGCUCAAGGAGAUCUUCCCGGUGGAGGCGGGCCUGCUGCGGCGGUCGGACCGCAUCCUCCCCAAGCUUCCUGAUGCAUCGGCGUUGGUGCACCGGGGGCGCACGGGCCGAGGCCUGGCGCGCCUGCGGCUUCUGGAGACCUACUCAAGGGCCCUGCUGGCAGCAGGAGAGCGUGUGUCCCGCAGCCCAGUACUCACUGGCUUCUUUGCGCCACAACCUACAGACCUGGAACCUGCGCUACCACCUGGCAGCCGGGUGAUCCUGCCCACCCUGGAAGAGCCCCUACCAGGCCCCACAGGCAGCCUUGCCAUCCACAGCCUGGAGGCUCAGAGCCUGCGCUGCCUGCAGCCCUUCAGUACCCAGGACGUGUGGGGUCAGCCGUUCUACGCCGGGGCCCAGGAGGCCCUGGGUGUGCUGCUGCGACACCCCUCAGGCUGGUGGCUGGUUGUCAACGAGGACCAGCAGACGGCAUGGUUUCCUUCUCCCUACCUGGAGGAGGGGGCCCCCGGCCCAGGACGAGACGGGGAUCGGCGCCUGGGGAGCCACAGGCCCCAGUUCUGCGCCUCCCGUGCCUACGAGAGCAGCCAAGCUGAUGAGCUGUCAGUGCCCGUGGGGGCCCGUGUGCAUGUGCUGGAAACCUCGGACCGUGGCUGGUGGCUGUGCAGGUUCCAGGGCCGCACCGGUCUUCUUCCUGCUGUGAUACUGCAGCCCGACGGGCUGGGCACACUCCUCAGCGGGCCCCGGCUCCACCCGGGGGCAGAUGGAGGGGAGGACAGGGAGGGCGAGGCCCGAAGCGCCCCCAAGUCCCCCCAGGCCCAGGCCCUUCCCCCGCCCGUGCCUGCCCACCCACCGCUGAGUGCCAUCCGGAGCCGCUGCUGCACCAUCACCCGAAAGGCGCUGGGGCAGGACCCAGGGUGUCAGGGACCGCCUUGAGUGCGUGUGACCCUCGUGGGGGGGCUGUGGGAGGAGCAGCUCAGGGUGGGACUCCCUGGCUGGCAGGGACUUGUCCUCUGAGUAAAGCUCUCCUCACUGACCCCCACCCA